AUGGGAGCCAAGAUAUCAGAAGCCAAGGCCAAGCCAUUGCCUCCAGGCGUCUACACCCCUGUCAUCACACUUUACGAUGGCACCCCAUCCCAGCCCGUCAACCACGGGGCCAUGUACAAGCACUGCCAACACCUCGUCAACAGCGGCAUGCAUGGUCUCGUAUAUCUGGGUACCAACGGCGAGUUGGCACUCCUCAACCGCGAAGAGCGAUCGGCCAUUGUUCGAAACGCGAAAAAGGCAGUAACCGACCUAGGAAAACCCGACUAUCCCAUUGUGGCCGGUAUCUCGGCCCAAAGCACAGUAGAAACGAUUCAGUGUGCAAAAGAAGCCGCCGAAGCCGGUGCCCUUUGGGGCCUCCUCCUACCCCCGAGUUACUGGGCAAAGUCAUUGAGCUCAGAUGCAAUUCUUGCCUAUUACCGUGACGUGGCGGACAGCAGUCCUAUUCCCAUCAUCGCUUAUAACUUCCCCGGCGUAUGCGCAGGAGUCGACCUCGACUCAGACCAACUCGCCUCCCUGGCCUCGCACCCCAAUAUCGUGGCCACCAAGCUCACCUGCGGCAACGUCGGCAAGCUCACCCGUCUAACCUCCAAAUUCGAGCCCCUUCAUUUCGGCGUCUACGGCGGUAGCAGCGACUACCUGCUUCCCACCCUGCACGCAGGCGGCAACGGGUGCGUGACGGGGCUGGGCAACGUGUUCCCCAAGUCGACGGCGAAAAUAUACGAUUAUUUUGCGGCGGGGAGACUGGACGAGGCGCGGGAGUUGCAGGAUCUGGUCGCGAAUGCCGAGUGGGCGUGCAAGAAGAGCAUUUCGUGCACUAAGUACGGGGCGUGGUGGUUUGUGGGGAGGCAAUUGGGGUUGAAGGAGGAGUUGUUUUUGAUGAGGAAGCCGUAUACGGAGCUGAAGGGGGACUUGAAGAGUUGGAGUGUGGAGACUAUGAAGGUUUUGGAGGAGAUGGAGAAAGCCUUGCCGGGGCGGGAGGGAACGGUUAAUGGGGGAAAAUGA